AAUGAUAUUCAUUAGUGUUUCAUUUACAAGGAUUUCAGGAAGAAAUCUCAUUUUCUAGUCUUGCAACACUCUAAUUAUAUUUUUUUUCCCCUACUGUUGUCUUUCUUACCAUGGAAGCAUGGAUUCAAGUGUUUGGAGCGAGGGCUUGUAUUCCACCAACAUCUGCCUCGACGGCGGCACUGCACAGCAUCUCUCCUCUUUCCCCCCCGACACUGUGCCUUCAAAUUCAGAUGCAUCAGGUGCUUUUGUGACUUUUGCCAAAGACGAUGAGAACAUGAAGGUGGAGAGUGGUUAUUACAGCAGAGGGGAAGCUGGUUCGAGCUUCAUCCGUUCUGGCUCAGUGGAGCUCGAUGGCCCCUGCUCUUUGAGAAGGCACCUGUCUCCUUCAGCCGGUUCUUGCGGUCAUCACGACAGGAAUCUAAGCAGUGGACGUCAAGCGAAGCGUGCCAGAGUAGAAAAUAUCAUCAAAGGCAUGACCGGCUGUCCUGGCAUGCACUGCCCAGACGUGACGGCAAGUCAGCAUGAGUGGGCAGACUGCGAGCAGGGAAAAGAAAGGAUUGGAGGACUGUCUUUGCAUCAGGAGCACAUGGAAACAAGGGGAUCUAGUGGCGGAAGUCCCAAGAAGCAGCUUGAGAGUCAGCAGCACCUCCAACAGCUCAGAACAGAGUUCUACCAAAUUGAUGAAGUAACGGAAACCACAGAAGACAGUGAAGAAAAGUACCAGACUCCUGACACAUCGCCAGGGGAUGCAUUGACCGAUUCUUGCCAUGAGUUUGAGAGCAGCUCAAGUGGAGAACAUCAAGGCUGUAAAAAAGUGAAGCUGAUGAGCCACUUCCAAACCAAACCUGAGAGAAUCAAGCUAAUGGCAGAUGUCUUAAAGUACGAGCUGUCCAGAGCCGUCAGCAGGAGUGUUGACUCUGUUUUUAAAAGUAUGCCGCUUCUACAGACAUCACCAACCCAAGAGGGUGAAGAGACAGAUGCAUCUCUUCAGUCAUCAGCGUGUGAAGAUAAGAAAACAGGACUUUCAUGUUGUGGGAACACAAAGGUGCAUGUUCCAGAUGUCCAAACCGAAGCUCUGUCCCUGGUUGUGCAAAAGCCUCGACUGGAAACACCCGACAAACUCAUCCUCCAGCUCAGACCGAGAGCUCGUCCAAAACCGGCGGUGCCCUUCAGUCAUGACUCCGCUCUGACUCCAUCACAGAACGAUCACAGCGCCGCACUCAGCUGGUUGCAAGACGGAUCCUCUGAAGUCGGCCAAGCAAAGUUUGAGGCGCGUUGGACUCCGGUCAAAGUGAGAUCGAAGGUCAACUCUAGAUCGGCGAGAAGCUCACAGACUCGCAGUGUGGACCCAACGCUUUUAGAAAACCUGUGCUUUCCUCAGGUCAAGAUGGAGUCCGACAGUCUGGUCAUGCUGAACGAGGGUCUGACGACAAAACAUCUGCAGAAAGCAAAGCUGAUGUUCUUUUACACCCGCUACCCGAGCUCGCUGGUACUGAAGAUGUGUUUCCACGACGUGCAGUUCACGCGCUGCAUCACCUCUCAACUCAUCAAGUGGUUCAGCAACUUCAGGGAGUUCUACUACAUCCAGAUAGAGAAGUUUGCCCGCCACGCCCUCGCGGGCGGAGUGGCCGACGUGAGGGCUCUGACUGUGGGGAGAGAAUCAGAACUUUUCAGGACUCUGCAAGUGCACUACAACAAAGCCAGUGACUUCCAGGUCCCUGACAGAUUCCUGGCAGUUGCUGAGAUCACACUAAGAGAAUUCUACAUUUCCAUUUCAAUGGGCAAAGAUCGCGAUCCAUCCUGGAAGAAAGCAAUCUACAAGGUGAUCUGUAAACUGGACAGCGAUGUACCGACUGAAUUCAAAAGUCAUCACUCUGGAUAA